CAGCCACCAAGCGGCUCCGAGGGAUCACCAUCUUCAGCACAAGCUUCACCUCCCUCCCACAAUUCCAAUGACAUCACGCUGCUAAGUAUUCCCGAUGCUUCUUCCCACCCUGAGCCAUCACUGUUCUCCACACAAGACCAGCAGAGAUAGCUUCGCGCUUUAACGAUAGUUUUGUAGCUACGCUAGCGUAGUGGACAUUGAAACAGUUGUACUUGGUAGACCCCGCUGCCCUUUUUCCUCCUUGUUCGCUUUUGUCUGCUUCUAACUGCCGCUCCUCCUCGGAGGGGAAGAAAAUAUCCACGAGGUUUUGGUGCUAAAAUUACCAAAAGAAAGAGGGGGGAAAAAAUAGAAGUGGUGGGGGGAAAGAACCGAACUGAUUCGGGCGUGGUAGCAAGGGGGGAAAAAAAGUCAUUUUUGCCCUAAAACUUGAGAGAAGCAGCCACAAUGUCGUUAUCCGUGCCACAGAACGGAGUAAAGGCGGACAACGAACCCGUCAUCGAGCUUUUUGUCAAGGCGGGAAGCGACGGCGAGAGCAUCGGAAACUGCCCCUUCUCUCAGAGGCUCUUCAUGAUACUCUGGCUUAAAGGAGUCGUCUUUAACGUCACCACAGUGGACCUGAAAAGGAAGCCCGCAGACCUCCAGAACCUGGCUCCCGGCACGCACCCGCCUUUCAUCACGUUUAAUGGCGAGGUCAAAACUGAUGUCAACAAGAUCGAGGAGUUCCUGGAGGAUGUUCUCAGCCCACCCAAAUACGUCAAGCUUGGUGCCAAACACCCCGAGUCUAACACAGCCGGCAUGGACAUCUUCGCCAAGUUUUCUGCCUACAUCAAGAACUCCAAGCCAGACGCAAACGAGGCUCUGGAGCGUGGGCUGCUGAAGACGUUGCAGAAGCUGGACGACUACCUUCGCUCCCCGCUGCCCGACGAGAUCGACCACAACAGCAUCGAGGACAUCAAGUUCUCCAGCCGCAAGUUCCUGGACGGGGAUGAAAUGACCCUGGCGGACUGCAACCUGCUGCCCAAACUGCACAUAGUGAAGGUUGUGACUAAGAAGUACCGAGGCUUUGACAUUCCCAAAGAGAUGACGUCCAUCUGGAAGUACCUGAAUAACGCCUACACACGUGAGGAGUUUACCAACACCUGCCCCAGCGACAAGGAGAUAGAGAUCGCCUAUGGAGAUGUAGCCAAGAGGCUGGUCAAAUAAACGUCUCUUCACGGUCCACAUUGCCCACUAAAAUCCUAACCCAUUCCGCCGUCCUCUCUCAUUUCCUUACACCUCCCACUCCUCAGCAUCUGGACUGAUGUGCCUCAUUUUUGAGACAGAAGCAAAAAAAAA